AUGUAUCAAACUUCUCAGGUCGUGGUUUGCGAACAAGAGGACAAAUCAGGUCCCAAUCAGUUCGUGACACUCGCAAACAACCGGAUCGAAAGAGACAGCCUCGGAGAGCUGGAAAUUCCAGAUAACGCUCUCUAUGGCAUCAACACUCUUCGAGCAGUCAAUAACUUCCCUCUCUCAGGUCGGCCACUUGCAACAUGGCCCGAUUUCAUUCACUCAUUUGCUGUGAUCAAGCACGCAGCAGCUCGUGCCAACAGUGAAGUCGGUAGUGUAACGACACAGCAAGCGGAUGCCAUAUCCGCAGCCUGCGAAGAGAUAAAGACCGGCAAACAUGACGCGCACUUCGUUGUUGAUAUCCUCGAGGGUUCCGGUGGCACCUCUACCAAUAUGAACGUGAAUGAGGUGAUCGCCAAUGUCGCCACAAAGGCCUCAGGUCGAGCGCUGUCAGAUUACAGCUUCGUCCAUCCCAAUGACCACGUGAACAUGGGCCAGUCUACCAAUGAUGUCGUACCCACGGCCAUGAAGCUGGCGGUGUAUCGCGCAAUGCAAGGCGCCCUGGAAACACUCGGACAGCUCGCCGACGCUUUCGCCGUGAAGCGUGAAGAAUACGCUUCCCUACUCCGACUUGGACGGACCUGCUUGCAAGACGCCCAGCCCAUGACUCUUGGCCAGGCGCUUGGGGGAUACGAGUGUGUGGUUCGGCGCCACGUGGAACAGCUCGGCGCGAUCCGUGAGCAGUUCCUGACACUCCCUCUUGGAGGCACUGCGAUCGGAACGGGAUUCGGCUCGAGGCCGGGUUACAAGGCCGCCGUGUUCAAGCAUCUUUCCGCUCUCCUUGGGGUUACAGUACAUCCUGCGAGUAACCCGUUUGAUGGCAUGCAGAACAUGGACACCUGUGCCCGCCUGUCGGCUGAGCUGCGCAACACCGCAAACAGUUUGUGGAAGAUUUCUAAUGAUCUGAUCUUGCUCUCAUCAGGCCCUAGUGGAGGCAUCUCUGAGAUCACCUUGCCGUCAGUCCAGGCUGGGUCAUCCAUCAUGCCUGGAAAGGUCAACCCCGUGAUCCCCAUCGCGGUCUGCCAGGUUGCCUUCGCCAUCAGCGGCAAUGAUUCUGCUAUAUCUAUGGCCUGCCAACAGGGCAUGCUUGAGAUCAAUCAUUUCGAGCUGCUCGUAUGUGAUCGUCUUUUCGAGAGCAUCCGUCUGCUCAAAGGCGCUGCAGAAAUAUUCUCCAAACGAUGCGUGCAAGGACUGGUUGCCAACAAGGAGAUAUCUGAGCAGCAUCUACUUGCUGGUAGUGCCCUGGCCACAGCUCUGGUACCGAAGCUGGGUUACGCAAAGGUUUCGAAAAUUGUCCGAUCGGCUAUGGCAGAGGAGCGGCGUUUUCUUGAUGUCGCCGUUGAGGAGGGUCACCUUAGGAUAGAUGAAGUCAGAGCGGCUCUUGAGCAAUCAGUUUUGGUUGACAAUUCUUCAACAGCUUAG